AAACUUCCCGUCGGUCAGAACCACCGCAAAUUCAGUAUCAUCACAAUUCUUCAUCCAUUGCAAGCCCUUGUUGCAGUCAAAACUUCGAUUCUCCCCGUUUCACACCCUGGUUGAUCUCCGUUGUACAACGCCCGCCACUACAGAUGAAAUCUUCCGAUUGACAGACUUCAUGACUAAGUACUACUAACUGACCAGGACAACUAAUAUCAGAAGCAAACAGGCCUACCCUAAGUGGGAACUGAAACACAUACCCUCUGUAUACCUAGUAGACACUAGACAGACAGACAGAUAUAUUCUAUUCCAAGAAACCAUGGAUCUCCUCACCAACUUCCUCACCACCAUCGGCGAAGAAGUGGAAGACGCAGAAGAGGAAUCCUUCCUCCUCUUCUCCCAAGACAUCCCCUCCGCCAACCUAGGGUUCGUCGACUCCCGCGCCACAACCAUCGACCUAACCAUCCACGACCAAGACUAUACCAUUCAUCAAUCCCCGACUCUGCUAUCAUCUUCCAGAGCAGGUGGUACAACCGGUGCAGUCCUCUGGAAAAUCACCCCCCUCAUCGCAGAAUGGCUCUCCAACAACACCACCACCUCCUCCUCCUCCACCAAGAAUACUAGAGAAAUCAACCCCCUCUGGACACACAACAUCCUAACCCCAACCUCCACCAUCGUCGAACUAGGCAGCGGCAUCUCCGCCCUCCUAGCCCUAUCCCUCUCUCCCAAAAUAGCCCACUACAUCGCCACAGACCAGGAAUACGUGCAGAGAUUAUUUCGCCAGAAUCUGGAUGAGAAUGCCAGCACCAUUACUACUACCGGUGGAAGUAGAUCUUCCAAGUCGGGAAAGAAGUCCACCAAAGCGUCAGCCUCCUCAGCAGCUCGGAAAUCCCACCAGGGACAUGCGAAUGCAACAGGGAACGGUAAUGGGAAUGGGAAUGUGAUUUUCACAUCCCUAGAUUGGGAAUUAGAUGUUGCGGGAUCGCUUAAGGAGGGGUUGGGAUUAUGUACUACCACUACAGUGGAUGGUAGUGAAGAGGGUGGGGAGGAAGAUAAAGGCUUCGACGUGGUAGUGUCUUGCGACUGUAUCUACAACGAUGCGUUGGUUGCGCCGUUUGUGCGCACGUGUGCGGAUUUGUGUCGGCUGAGGCCGGUGUAUACUCCCCCUGGUACUGAGGGGAGGGGCUUUAGUGGAACAGGAAGUGGGGGGAGGACGCCGACGGUGUGUGUGAUUGCGCAGCAGCAGAGGUCGCCGGAGGUGUUUGAGGCGUGGUUACGGGAGACGUUGAGGGUGUUUCGCGUGUGGAGGGUGAGUGAUGAGAUGUUAGGGGAGAAGUUGAUGUCUGGGAGUGGGUAUUUGGUGCAUGUUUUGGUUUUGAGGUAGAGAGGGG